GCAACACCCACCCUUCCACCAAAAGAAAUCUUCCGCUCUACGUCGCCAUGAUGGAAGCCGCUUCGGUUGAGUUGAAUAAGCUGGAGCGCAAAGGCUCCGCUCCUGUCAAGCGAAGAGUAAGCCGAGCUUGUGACCACUGCCACCGUAUGCGAACACGCUGCAACGGACAGGCGCCGUGCUCGCGAUGUAUAGAACUCGAGUAUGUCUGCCAGUAUAACAGAGAGAAGAAGCGCCGAGGAAAGGUCCCUCGACACAUCCAAAAGCAGAGAGAGGAGGCAGCGCAUACAGAUCCGCGCAGCCCUCAAAACGGAAAUGGACUUUCCAUACAGACCUCCAGUCACUACGAAGGAGCCGACGUAAUUCCUGAGAUGGAAGACGGGAUAUGGUCGCCUGCACAGCCAACACCAAUAAGUCAGCAUUUUCCAACCACCAAAGACGACAUGCACCACGUAACAUCGCCUCGGUGGCAGGCUAUGCCCCCAAACCAAACUUUCGACGGCCAUGUCAACCAUAUCAUGAUAGAUCCUUUGUUACUAAGCCCUGGAGAAAUGAAUCCGUAUCCGCACCCGCUGCAGGUCCCAAUGCCACGAAAUGAGGACUUAAUGUUUGCCAUGAACGAGAUGCACCUCGUACCGAAUUCGGGUACGCCCGUGUCCAUGCCUCCGGAGUAUGCGACCAUGAGUUAUCCAAUGCAUUUCACAGCAGUCCGGCAAUCCUCUCCGCAUAGUUAUGGAUCUGGAGACACUGGAUCGCCCCAGUCUGCAGCCAGCGCUACCUCGUCUCACCCUGGGAUUACGCCAUGCAGGUACCCCGUUCUAAAACCUUUGAUUCCUCACCUAGGCUCAAUCAUGUCCAUGUCAAUGGCUUGUGAUCUCUUGGAGUUCUAUUUUCAAAGUUCCUCAUCCGUCUUUAUGGAACCCGUGUCGCCGUACAUACUUGGAACUGUGUUUAGGAAGCGUUCAUUCUUGCGACAGCACAAACCAAGGAAGUGCACCCCGGCCCUCUUGGCAAGUCUUCUGUGGAUAGCUGCUCAAACCAGUGAAGCAAGCUACUUGACAUCGUCACCUUCAGCGAGAGGCGUUAUCUGUCAAAAGCUGUGGAAGCUCACGAUCGAUUUGUUGAAACCACUAGUCCACUCACCAACAGGGGCUCAUGGCUUUGCCCAAGGUGCAGGCUCAAUGGUUAGUCCGGCCCCACAUGACGCUUUUGGAGUUGAACGUGUCGUGGGCCGCUAUGAUGCAAGAAUGGAAGUUGGAAUAUCCCCUACAGGUACCCUAGAUGAUGUUGCCACUUACCUGAACCUUGGCACCGUCACUUCGGCCAGUGAGUACAAAGCUGCUAGUCUUCGCUGGUUGAAUGCCGCCUGGGGUCUGGCGAGAGAGCUGAAACUAGGAAGGGAGCUACCUCAGGAUUUCACGGCCGAUCGCGACUCUAAUGGAACAGAAAAUGGGGAAAUGGACAUGGGAAUGUCGGAUGGCUCUAACUCAGGGGUGCAAAUGCCGGCCGGAUCCCCAGCUCUCGCGCUCAUCGAAGAGAUGAAGGAGGAACGAAGGAGGCUUUGGUGGCUUCUUUACAUGAUUGACAGGCACCUCGGACUGUGCUAUAACAGGCCAUUAGCGAUGCUGGAUAGUGAAUGCGAGGAGCUAUAUCAGCCUGUACAGGAUACCGUGUGGCAGGCCGGGGAAUUCUAUACCGGAAGUUCAACCCCAAAACGAAAGGGACUCACAUUCCAGUGUAUUUCCCACGACAUAUUCGGAUUCUUCCUACCGCUGAUGACGAUCCUUGGCGACAUAGUGGACCUCAAUGCGCAGAAAAACCAUCCAAGGUUUGGGCAACGCAGGACAUCUGGAUGGGAGCUCCAUGAGAACGAAAUCACCCUCCAACUCGAAAGGUACGCGUACAGCCUGCAAGAAUUCAAGAUCCAACAAGGGUGCAGACCUUCAAGGGAAGAUGCCGCAAACAACCCGAACGGUACUCCAGAUCCCGUCCGAAGCGAAUGGAUACACCAGACGAAGAAGGUUGUCGCAUACGGAACCCACAUCAUGUAUGUUCUCCACAUACUUCUCCAUGGCAAAUGGGACCCGGUAUCUCUUUUGGAGGAUGACAAUAUGUGGAUUUGCUCUCAAUCAUUCCUUGCGGCGACAUCCAACGCCGUUUCUGCUGCUCAUGCUGUGGAUGAGAUUCUUGAGCUUGACCCAGACCUUUCGUUCAUGCCGUAUUUCUUUGGAAUGUAUCUCUUGCAAGGAAGUUUAAUUCUUCUGUUGCUAGCCGAUAAAUUACAGGUGGACACAAAUGAUGGCGUGAUCAAAGCUUGUGAAACAAUCGUGCGCGCCCACGAAGCGGCUGUCGUUACUUUGAACACAGAAUAUCAGAGAAAUUUCCGAAAAGUCAUGAUCUCGACGUUAGCGCAGAUCAAAAAGGGAGUGAACCAACACCGGGAGAUGAAUCCAGCAAAGCGAAGGGAGGUUCUUUCAUUAUAUCGGUGGACAAAUUUAGGAAAUGGUCUCGCGAUUUGAAAAGUUAUUAAGUAUUGAGCAUUGAGCGACGGUAUUAUUAUCAUGUUCGCUGGAAAUUUACGGGGGCUUGGGGAAAGAGUCUGGACCUUCGUUUACUCC